AGGAACAACCGCUACCUUGCGCUACCUGGCCUCUACACAAGCUUCAAACGUCUGAGAAAAACACAUUUUAAUUCCUAUUAUUAUUAUUUUCAUUGCACCAACACGCGCCAUGUCCGGACUUGACAAGUACCUGCCGAACAUCCAGAAGCUGCGCCGCGGCGACAGUGAGGUGGACGUGAAGUCGCUGUCUGGCAAGCUCGUGUUCUUCUACUUCUCCGCGAGCUGGUGCCCGCCGUGCCGCGGGUUCACGCCGCAGCUGAUCGAGUUCUACGACAAGUUCCACGAGAAGAAGAACUUCGAGGUGAUCUUCUGCACGUGGGACGAGGAGGAGGAUGGGUACUCGGGCUACUACGCGAAGAUGCCGUGGCUGGCGGUGCCGUUUGCGCAGUCGUCGGUGGUGCAGGAGCUGACGAAGCACUUCAGCGUCGAGUCGAUCCCAACCCUGAUCGGUGUGGAUGCAGACACAGGCAAGGUGGUGACGACGUCGGCCCGCGCUAUGGUGGUGAAGGAUCCAGAGGGCGAGAAGUUCCCGUGGGAAGAGGGGCAGUAA